AUGGGCCAAUUGCAGCUGAAUUGCACUCUCAGACCUCCUGGAAGCGGUAAUGUACUUUUUACGUCAGCCAAAAUAUCACCCGACGGAAAACACGUUGCUGUCUGCGAGGGCACAGACAUAGUCCUGUAUGAUACAAUUAACAUGUCUUCUACAGUUGUGCCGACGCUCCAUUCCCAGCCACUGUCAGACAUGUGCUGGUCACCGGACUCGCAGUGUAUUGCAACGGCCUCGGACGACUUUACAAUAAUAAUUACACAUUUGGUUUUUGGUGAGUUACAUCGGUUGGUAGGGCACACAGCGCCUGUCACUUCCCUUAAAUACACUUUCAAAGGCAACAUACUAUGUUCCUGCUCCAUGGACGAAAGCAUAAAGGUCUGGGAUAUUCUGACGGGCACGCUGCUGCGUACGUUGUCUGCACAUUCAGAGCCUGUAGUGUCAAUUGACAUACCACCGUUCGACCCAAGCAUUCUCAGUUCAGGAUCAUAUGAUGGUCUGAUCCGAAUCUUCGAUACUGCAACUGGGCAUUGCUUGAAAACUCUGACAUACGACAAAGACUGGCAAAGUGAAAAUGGUGUUGUUCCCAUUUCACAGGUCAAGUUUUCACAAAAUGGCAAAUACUUACUUGUAAAGUCCCUUGACGGCGUGCUCAAGAUUUGGGACUUUGUUCGCGGGAAAGUCGUACGCACAUUCAAGUCUGACCAGUCUAAUUCUCUACGGUAUUCUUGCGGUAUUGAUUUCCUCUAUCUUGAUGAUGAGGCAUCGGACCCGGUUGUCAUCAGCGGCACCGAAACAGGUGAGAUCAUCUGUUGGGACUCUCAAACAAAGCAGCUUCUUCAAUGCAUUAGUGAUAAGCAUGCUGGAAGCCCUGUGAUGGAUAUAAGUUGCCUCGGGGCCCAGAUGUGCUCAUUAUCAUUAAACGGCGAAUGUAAUCUUUGGAAGUGGACAGAGUGA